GCCGAUAGUGUUCGUUUUAGUCGUCACUAACUUUUACAUUGUUUUCAAGAUGGCCGCAAAGGGAAGUUCAGCGUUGUUCGUGAUUACAAUUUUCGUGAUUUUCAUGGAAAUUAUGGCAGGGAGAGAUUUUUACAAAAUUCUCAAUGUACCAAAGUCGGCAACCACAAAUCAAAUCAAGAAAUCCUACAGAAAACUGGCGAAAGAAAUGCACCCAGACAAGAAUAAGGACGAUCCAGACUCAGAGCAGAGGUUCCAAGAUCUCGGAGCAGCUUACGAGGUGCUAUCCAAUGAGGACAAGAGAAAGAUCUAUGACAAACAUGGAGAGGAGGGGCUGAGCAAGAGCGACAUGGGCGGACAUGACCCGUUUGCAAGCUUCUUCGGAGACUUUGGAUUUGGAUUUGGUGGCGGUGGGCGGCAGCAAGAACAGGAGAGACCCAAGGGUGGAGACGUCGUCAUGGACUUGGAGGUCACACUGGAAGAGUUGUACUCUGGGAAUUUCAUAGAGGUCAUGCGUUACAAGCCUGUGGCCAAGCCUGCCAAGGGGACCCGGAAAUGUAACUGCCGAACGGAGAUGGUGACCACUCAGCUCGGUCCGGGUCGGUUCCAGAUGCAGCAGCAGCAAGUGUGCGACGACUGCCCCAACAUCAAGUUUGUUCCCGAGGAGCACGCCCUAGAAGUGGAGGUGGAGUCAGGAAUGAGGGAUGGACAGGAGUACCCAUUUGUAGCUGAAGGAGAGCCCCAUAUGGACGGAGACCCUGGAGACCUGAGGUUUAGGAUACGCCAACAAAAACAUGCAAGGUUUGAGCGUAGGGGUGAUGACCUGUAUACGAAUGUAACCAUUACCUUGCUAGAUGCCAUGGCUGGAUUUGAGAUGGAUAUUCCGCAUUUAGACGGACAUACGGUGCAUGUUGUACGUGAUAAAAUUACUUGGCCCGGCGCCAAGAUGCGAAAACCCAACGAAGGAAUGCCUAAUUACGAAAACAACAACGUAAGAGGCAGCCUGUAUAUAACAUUUGAUAUAGAUUUCCCCAAAGGCGAACUAACAGCAGAUGAUAAAGCAGCUUUAGCAAAGAUUUUCAAUCAGGAAUCCAAACAGAAAAUUUAUAAUGGCCUCCAAGGGUAUUGAUAUCAAGACAAAUCUAGCUCAAUUGACCUCUCAUGAAUUCUUCAUUGUGUCAUCCGUGUGGAACAAAACUUUGUGAUCUGUCCAGUGCAACUCAAAGUGCUAGAAGAGACCUGACACGAUUGGCCUCAUGCUAGCUGAUGAAGAGGACCUGGGCCCCUAUUCACCAAACAAUUCUCAGACUUAAGUCUAAGUAUGAAGAAUAUUCUUCAACCCUUUACCACUUAGAUACGUUUUUGACCCAAUUUUAGUCCCUUAGAAAGUUACAUUUAAUUAAACACCUUUCUUACUAAAUUCAAGUUUUAAAGGCUUCAUUUCCAACCAUUUGUUAUUGAUGAGCAGCAAACAGCAUAAAACCUGAACAAACUGAUAGUUACUUGCAGGCUGUUCUGGUUUUAUUCUGUUUGCACAUAACUAUUUUCACUUGGCUUCUGAGUGGGAAAGGGAUAAAAUGAUAUUUCCCAGACUUGUUUGAAUUUUGAAUCAAGCUUUGCAUUAAACAUCUCUAUCUUUAUCAUUCUUCAUCAGAACAUUGUUAAUGACAUAAUCACCAGUGGAGGCAUUAAUAUAUUCAAACACUGGACAUAUUUUUCUUGGUUCCCAAGUCUAUUUUUUAUUCUUAAGUCUAAGAACGGGUUGGUGAAUACGGACCCUGGGAAUAAAGAAUUACUUUAUGUUUGACCCUUGACCUUAUUCACCGACCAAUCCCCAGGCUUGAGUUUAAAAACAAAAAAUAUGUUUUUAAACUGUAAUGUUCCAAAUUUAAUUGAAAGUAAAGUCUGGCAUGGAAGUUAAUACCUAUAAUUAUAUUAAUGUUAGUUUAGGACAAAGUUAUUUAUGAUUAAAAAAAACACCAUUUUUAGCCUGAUAAUAUUCAAAUUCUAAGGAAUUUUAUUGACUCUUAAGUGCAAGGGUUGGUGAAUACAGCUUGGUCCUCAACUUUGUAUUAAACACCUCUAUCUACAAAAUUCUUUGUUGACUAUUUUUGUAAAUCACAUAAUCACUAGAUGUAUACUGUAUAUAUUCAAACACUUGACAUAUUUGUUCAUGGUUCCAAAUCUUUUCUUUAUUCCUAAGUCUAAAUAUGGGCCCAAGGACGUGAAAAUACCAGGACCCAUAUUUUUAAUUUUUUUUUUAAAAACAAAUCUCCAGAAAUUCACAAAACUUUUCAGUUCUUUAGCCUGUGUUUGCCAUGUAUUUUCUCCAUUAUAAUGUUAACAUGUGAACAUUUCUAAAAUAAUUAUUGCAUCAAUUUAAUCGUUGUGUUAGCAGAGGGACAUUGGACUUCUCAUAGUAAAUUUGAUCAGAAAUCGAACAUGAACUACAAUUGAACCCUUUACCACUUAGAUAUGUAUUGUGUAGUCCCUUAGAACGUUAAAUUUAACUAAAGACCUUUCUUAAUAGAUUCAAGUUUGAAAGGCUUCAUUUCAAACCUUUAGAUACUGAUGAGCAGCAAACAGCAGUAAAUCUGAACAGACUGCGAGUUACUCCCUUAACCCAUUUAUGCCUAGCAUCUAGAAAAAAGGCCUUGGCAAACAGCAUAGACCCAGAUGAGACGCUGUUUGCUUAAAGGAAUUUCUGUAAGAAAUAUUAUAAAUAAAUAUACUAGACAUCCUUCAUUUUGGAAAUAAAUAGAUCCAAUUUAGAAGGAUGGAAGAGUCCACUAGGCAUAAAUGGGUUAAGUAAAGAUUUCUCUUUGGGGCUUUGUGAACACCAGUCUUUAAUUGUUUACUCCUCCAUGGACAAAUUCCUUUGAAACAAUAUUCAUGUCUGUAAGUAACAGUUAGUUUUUAAAUAAAAGCCAGUUAUUAGUUGAGGUCUGCAUGAUGUAAUUUCCGUUGUUUGAUAAAUAAAUAGAGCAUGAUUGUUUUAGUAUAGAACUUUAUUGGAAUCAACUUUUCUGCUGGCAAUAGUCACAUGUCCAACUAUGUUUAACAAAAGUAUCGAUUUGUUAUUAAAAAAUAAAUGAAACCCAAUGAAUUUGUUAUUAAAAAAUAAAUCAUGAUAAUACAUUUUCAAUUUUUACUCUAGUUUCAUAACGGUGAAAUUGAACAAGUACAUGUAGAUGGUAAUUGAUAGAUUGUCAGUAUUCAAAAUGAUUCAAAGGGAAAUCUUAAGUUGAGAUGUUCUUUAAUUAAAUUAUUGUCAGUAUUCAAAAUGAUUCAAAGGGAAAUUUUAAGUUGAGAUGUUCUUUAAUUAAAUUAUCCCAUCAAACAUAUGAUAUGAAGUCUAUUUUGUAUUCUGCAAACAGAAUGUAAAAAAAAAUGAACAUUUUAGCAAUUUUAAAAUGUUGAAAAGAAUAACUAUAAAUGGAAAAGUCACAGAGCUGUAAGGAAUUGUAUAAAUUGUUGACCUACAGAACUUUGUUAUGAUGGACCUUGAUUUAUAAACGUCAGCAAAAAUUACCAAUUAUUGAUUGUUUUUACAUUCUACUUCAACGAUAAUGACUGCAUUGUUGAAUGUUUUACUUUAUGUGUUGUACUUUGAUCAUAUUGUUACUUAUAUUGUGUGUUAUUUUUUCAAUCUUUUGCGCCGGUCGUUGUGGCAAUGAACUUUGUAUGCCUUUCAUUCUUGAUCAACAUUAUAAAGUUAACCCUUUGCAUGCUGGGAAAUUUGUCGUCUGCUAAAAUGUCGUCUGCUGAAUUUAUAAAAUUCGCAUUUUCUUCGAUUUUUUUCAAAGAAUACUAUCAGAAUAGCAAACAGUUUGGAUCCUGAUGAGACGCCACAUUUUGUGGCGUCUCAUCUGGAUCCAAACUGUUUGCAAAGGCCUUCAAAAUUCGGUUCCAGCGCUUAAAGGGUUAAAAUGAAAUAUUAUUCAAUUCAACAUUACUGAGUCAUUGAUAUUUUUUGUGGAAAGAAAUAGUAGAUUUUUAUAUUAAAAAUCUUGUUAACUUUGUGAAAGAGAUGCAAUCUGAAAACCUUGAUUGUUCAAUAUAAUUUAAACAUCUUGCAAUAAAUAAAUACCUAGUUUCGAUCAGUACGAAAACACGUGCAAGACAGUGUUGAAGACCAGGCAAUUUUUUAAAACGUAAAUCCCUGGAUGUGACGUCACCCAAAAAUUCUCCUAUGCUCUCUGUGAUUGUAUGUGCCAUCAAUUUACAUAGUGAAGCGAUGGGUGUGCUAGAUGUAUUUCAUGAUGAUAAAUGUUAAAAAAUUCACAUGUUUAAGCUGUGUUAUUGAAAGAUUAUCUGAUCCAUUAAAAAUGUACAUAUAUUUUGUAUGAGAUGCACUGUUUGGUUAUUACAGGGAUUAAGUGUGAAAUAAAAAGUAUUCAACUAAAUCCAGGACGGUGAAAUAUAAUAUAUUUAUAA